UGAAGUCUUCUUUUCCACGUUAGGUUUCCAGCUCAGUGUAACCAUGAAGUAAAUAAGUACCAUUCAAGGAACCUGCUCCCCCUACAACUUCCGAAACAACAUGCACCAAGACGAUUCAUCCUUCAUUAGCCUUACAAUAUAUCCAGAAAAUCAGUAAUUGCAAAUUGUUCUACAAGGAAAACAGAUACGUAUGACAUGCAAGGUCUUUAGAUACAAUGAGCUGAAAACGCAGUAUUGGGAAGCGGACAAUGUGUACAGGAAUACCACCACGAGAGAUCAAUCGUUUGCAAGUGGUGCAGAGACUGUAGGGUUUUCGAGUGCGGCGGGUUCUCAAAUGGUGGUGGAUUCGAAAUCGAGGUUGGUUUCAGGAUCGGGCAGAGAAAGAGGAUCGCCGAAUACUAGUUUACUAGUGUUACCGGACCGAAGAAAUAGGAGUAAACAUGUGGCACAAAUGUGUAGCUUGACUAAUGCUGCGAGCAUAUUGACAGCUACGAGUACAACUGGUAGAAGUGUAGCGGAAAGUAUUUUGUUUGUCGGGGCAAGUACAACGACUGCAGGUGCCAGCGGUACAAAGCGUUGAACCGCGAUUGCUGCGCAAUUCAACAGUGAAGCUAAUGUUUUGAGAAAGGCGUGGUGGAUGGUGGUAUUGACGCUCAUAUUUCGGUCGAGCGGCUAGAAAUGGUCCAUGAAGAUGAGGGAGAUAAAGGAUAUGAAUUCAAGCCAUCGUUCCCUUUCUUUCUUUCUUUCCUC